GCGUUGUAUGCGGAAGUUGCUGAAUUAAUUGUGAGGAAUAUAUAAAGCAGUGAAUAGCCCAACAUUACCAUUCCGACACAAGCAACUCUGAAUAAACCUGUCUUGGUCAGCAUUGUAAAAUAAUGGUCUCCCCUGUAACCAUUCUUGCAUGCUUGCUCAUCAUUAUAAUGUCUGCCCAUGGCGGUCCUGAUCCCACUCUGGAUAAGCACUGGAAGCUAUGGGUUCUGCAAAACCAGAAAGGCUACAUGAAUGCGAUAGAAGAUUUGGAAAGACGGAUGAUCUGGGAAGAUACUCUGAAAUUUGUCACCAUCCACAAUCUGGAGUACAGCCUGGGGCUUCACACUUAUGAGGUCGGAAUGAACCAUCUGGCAGACAUGACAUCGGAGGAAGUGGUGGCCACAAUGACUGGCAUUAGGGCUCCUGCCAUCACAGAUCUGAAUUCCACAGGUGAAUUUGUUAAACAGAAUGUUAAAGUUCCAAAUUCAAUUGACUGGAGAAGUAAAGACUGUGUCACAGGAGUGAAGAACCAGGGAGGCUGUGGCUCUUGCUGGUCUUUCAGUGCAACAGGCGCUCUGGAAUGCCAGAUGAAGCUGAAGACAGGAAGGUUGCAGUCACUGAGCGAACAGGAGCUUGUGGAUUGCAGCGGAAGCUAUGGAAACCAAGGAUGUAAUGGAGGAUGGAUGAGAUGGGCCUUUAAAUACGUAAUUGAUCAUGGACUUGCACUAGAAUCAUCAUACCCAUAUCAAGGAAAGGAAGGCACCUGCCACUCUGCUCCUAGAUAUGCUACAUGCCAGUCUUAUAAGAUGUUGCCAUCUGGGAAUGAACUGGCACUUCAACAAGCGGUGGGAACCGUGGGACCUGUGUCUGUGGCAAUAGAUGCUUCUCAAAGAUCCUUCCAAGUGUACAACAGAGGUGUGUACUAUGACCCCAACUGCAAUCCACAGAAACCUGACCAUGCAGUACUGGCAGCCGGAUAUGGUACAGAAAAUGGAGUGGACUACUGGCUGGUUAAAAACAGCUGGAGCACAGCCUGGGGCGAUGGAGGGUACAUCAAAAUGGCCAGAAAUCGCUACAACCAUUGCGGAAUCGCCGGAUACGGUGUCUAUCCGAUUGUGUGAAAGUGGAAUGCUGGAUAUGCUUUCUGUAUAUUUUGUAUUUGAUCUGCUUUUCUUUGCAAGAAUAAAAUGAUUAUGUCAUGUA